GUGCCCUGUGCAACGGAGCCCUCACUGUUUGGGGGCUGGCUAUAAAUUGACGUGGCAUGGAAAAUCUCAGCUAAGUUGUUGCAGCUUGUGUGUUUUCUCCAAGAAUAAGCCCACUCUCCUGAAGCUGUCGCUUGAUCAUGGGUUCGAUGCUUCUGCGUAAAAAUGGCUAGAAAAUGCCUUCAGCUUUUUACCGGGGACCCAAAACUUUUCUCCUUGGGAGUUUAUGGCUUAGUUGUAAGCAAAAUCCAGGCAGUUAAGUUGGUGGCUUUCUUUUCGCAGCCUGAACAACAGAAUUUGCAGCGCUUCCCCCCCUUUCCUGCAAUUUAACUCCUUGCAGAUCUUGCCAUGGGGUGCGGACUUAGAAAAUUAGAAGACCCUGAUGAUAGCAGCCCGGGAAAAAUAUUUUCGACCCUGAAGAGACCACAAGUGGAAACAAAGACAGACUUUGCUUAUGAAUAUGUAUUGCUGGAUUUUACUUUAGAAGCUUCCUCAAAUCCAGAAGUUAUCAAGAUCAACUCAAUUCUGGAUAUAGUACCAAAAGUUGAAGAAUAUUACAUUAAAGGCUAUAUCGUAGGAGCUGUUCACCCUAUUAUAUUAUCUUUUGGACAAAGAAAACACUUGCCAGCAAGCCAUCUGUAUAGAGUUGUACUGUCUCGCUUAAAAUUAAGCCAGAUCCAGACAACAUCCAAAGGACAAAGUCGACCCAGGCUCGUAAUUGAAGAAUGUCCCUUGACAAAUGAAAUUCUAACAAAUGAAGGAGCAAAAGGAUUGGUAGAAAAGAUAAAUGAAGCUGCUAAAAGAGGAAUGAAAUUUGUUGGAUUUGUAACACAGCAUUGUACCCAGUCUAAAGUUUGCAAUGGCACCAGCUCUGAGGGAGAUGUAGAACCAGAGUCAAUCCUGUACAAAACUCAAGAACAUCAGAGACACAAUUCAGAUGAAAACUGUAAAACUUGGAAUGAAGGAACUUUGAGUGGGCAAUCUUCUGAAAGUGGAAUUGAAGAAGAAAUUCAUCAUGAAAGUGGACCGUGGCAAAUGGGAAGAGAAGGAAGUCCUAUUCCCUCUAAAUCAAGAAAGGGAGAAGAUAGUAAAUUAUAUACAGUCUUCAAUGUUUUUGAUGAUGAAUCAACAUGUUGGACCUAUCAGGAAGGCAUUCUAUCAAUGAAAGUCACAAAAAAAGGAUCUGUAAUUAGCACACUGGAUGCUGACUGGCUAGAGCUGACUACAUUUUAUUAUAAACAAGGAUUGUCCUUAAUCGAUUCUUUUGUAUCCUGGGAAACUUCUAAAGAUCAUUUGUCCAAAUCUUUGGAAGGAUUAUUUAUAUAUGAAGAAGAAGGUUCUGGAGUACCAGGUGCUAACAGGAAAGGAAAUGAUGCUAUUGUUGUAGAACAAUGGACUGUCAUUGAGGGCUGUGAAAUUAAAACUGAUUAUGGUCCUCUACUGCAUACUCUGGCUGAAUUUGGAUGGCUUUUGACGAGUGUACUUCCGACACCCAUUUUAAGACAUGACAGUGAAGGGAAUUUGGCUACAAAGCAGGUUGUAUUCCUUCAAAGGCCUAUUAUGUGGAAUUCAGCUGUACAAACACCAGAGAAAAAAUCCAUGAGGCAGAUAAAAACAAGAGAAGAGAAAAGCAAAGUAACUAGCCGGAGCAUCGGGCUAGACACAGCUACUUCUUGCCCUGCAGAAAGCAGACACUGGUCUGAGGAACAUCAUCUCUCUCCUUCUCAAGAUCCUUGGGCCAGAGAAGGGACACCAGCACCCUAUGGCAGCUUUUCUGGGGUCAGCAGCAGUGACAGUGUCCUGAGGGAAUUGGAUGACGGACAAUAUGAUCAGGAGGAUGGGGUGACACAGGUCACUUGUAUGUGAGGUGGGAAAUACUUAAAUUCAAAGGAUUGUAAAUAAUACAGAAAUUUAAUUCAAUGCUGAA